UAAAAGGAAAGUUUGAUAAGUUCCACUCAGUUUCCCUCCUGGUCCCAAACUUGGAUUUCAACUCUCUACAAGUGGCGGAGAAAGUCCCUCUGGGUCCUCUUCGUUCUCUCUGGAACGUUUAGCUAAAACUCCCUGAGAAUGGGGGACUGGAGUGCUCUGGGCCGUCUGCUCGACAAGGUCCAGGCCUACUCUACCGCCGGGGGGAAGGUCUGGCUGUCGGUCCUCUUCAUCUUCAGGAUCCUGGUCCUGGGCACUGCGGUGGAAUCAGCCUGGGGAGACGAGCAGUCUGCGUUCAAAUGUAACACGCAGCAGCCUGGUUGUGAGAACGUCUGCUACGACAAAUCUUUCCCCAUCUCCCAUGUCCGCUUCUGGGUCCUCCAGAUCAUCUUUGUGUCGACGCCCACCCUUCUCUACCUGGCUCAUGUCUUCUACCUGAACAGGAAGGAACAGAAGUUCAACAGGAAGGAGGAGGAGCUUAAAGCCGUGCAAAAUGACGGCGGCGACGUCGACAUCCCGCUGAAGAAAAUCGAGAUGAAAAAGCUAAAGUAUGGCAUCGAGGAGCACGGCAAAGUGAAGAUGAAAGGGGCCCUGCUCAGAACCUAUAUAGUCAGCAUUUUCUUCAAGUCUAUGUUCGAGGUGGGCUUCCUGGUCAUCCAGUGGUACAUUUACGGCUUCAGCCUUUCUGCAGUCUACACCUGUGAGAGGGCCCCGUGCCCCCACAGGGUGGACUGUUUCCUGUCCCGUCCCACGGAGAAGACGGUCUUCAUCAUCUUCAUGCUAGUGGUCUCGCUGGUGUCCCUGCUGCUCAACGUCAUCGAGCUUUUCUACGUGUUUUUUAAGAGGAUCAAAGAUCGCGUGAAGGGCAAACAGCCGCCCAUCCUCUACCCUAGUGCAGGCACAUUGAGCCCCACCCCUAAAGAGCUGUCCACCACCAAGUACGCCUACUAUAACGGUUGUUCCUCCCCGACUGCCCCGCUCUCACCCAUGUCCCCUCCAGGCUACAAACUGGCCACAGGGGAGCGUGGAACCGGCUCGUGCCGCAAUUAUAAUAAGCAGGCCAAUGAGCAGAACUGGGCCAACUACUCCACAGAGCAAAACCGGCUCGGCCAGAAUGGUGCCGGAAGCACUAUUUCAAACUCCCAUGCGCAAGCCUUUGACUUCCCAGAUGACACCCAAGAGCAUAAGAAACUUUCCUCGACGGCGGGACACGAGAUGCAGCCGCUAGCGCUGAUGGACGCCAGGCCGUGUAGCCGGGCCAGCAGCCGGAUGAGCAGCCGAGCCAGGCCAGACGACCUGGACGUGUAAGCCCUGGUUCCUCCUCUUCCUCCUCCUCCUCCUCCUCCUCCUCCUC